GCCAUCUCGUACCUCCGUGGUACUUGCUCGCCGUCUCACGCCCACGCUGACUCGGCGGCGUCAAAGACAGCCGUGCUUUGAGCUAUAAGACAAAGCUGCACGGAACUACGCCCACACGGCGUAGCACAAGAGGACCUCGGCUGUCACGUGAGUAGCCGAGGCGUGCGCUCUCAAGGAGCCCGGAUGAAAUUAACUUCUGCGGAGAGCCCUGACCGCGUGUUCUCGUCCUGGGUCUUGGCCGGAUGAAGAGCCUGCUGGCACGAAUGCAGAUUAACAUGGACCAAAACGAAGCUAAGGACACGGAGCGGCCGACGGCCAGUGGCGCGAAUGGUCAACCCGCAACGCCAGCCGUUGAGGUGUCCAGUCUGACCAGAACCCGGUCCGUCGACUCGCAAUUGCCACUGCUAGCUAGUUUUCGGGAUGUGGAAUCGGCUGCAUCGACAGACGUGGCCUCGACGACAAUCCCGCUUCCAAACCUGAUUGCGGAGUUGCACGUUGAUCCGGCGGCAGCUCAUCCGCCUGCGGUCACGGCUACGACUGUGGAUUUGGCAGCGCACGCCGCUUCGUCUACGACUCGGCCUGCAGUUGCCCCUGCGCCUUCUGCCGCGGCUACUGCUGCGGAAGCUAGCAGGGAAAGCCAACGUGCGUCCUCUGCGCGGAAGACGAAGCGCAGACAACUACUGUCUCAAGAGCCUAAGGAAUGCAAAAAGAAAGGGCGCCGCGCUUGCUUGCAGACGAACAUGGACCAACACAAAGCCAAGAGCACGGAGCGGCCGACGGCUGGCGGCGUGAAAGGUCAGCCCGCCACGCCAGCCGCUGAGGCGCCCAGUUUGACUCGAAUCCGGUCCGUCGACUCGGCGUUUCCCUUGCUGGCUAGUCUUCGGGAUGCGGAAUCGACUGCCUCGGCAGCCGCGGCCUCGACAUUGGCUCCAGCUCCGCUUCCAAACCUGACUGCGGAGUUGCACGUUGAUCCAAAAGCGCAUCCGCCCGCCGUCACGGCUACGACUUUGGAUUUGGCAGCGCGCGCUGCUUCGUCUACGACUCGGGCUGCAGUUGCUCCUGCGCCUUCUGCCGCGGCUACUGCUACGGAAGCUAGCAGUGCAAACCGACACGCGUACUUCGCGUGGGUGAUGCAGCGCAAAUUCUUCCAGCGUCAAAGCGAUGUGGAAAGGGAGGUUUUAAGGCUGCAAGAAGCACCAUGGAGAGCUUCAAACGAACAACCAAGACCUGAAGAACAAGAGGCAGGAGGUGGGGGAUUUGGCCGAACCAGCAGCGACAUGCAAAUAGCGUGCACCGGGAGGAUCUAUCCUUGCGAAGUCUGUCGCUACCACUUCGACGUCAACCUAGAUCGACGGCAGGUCCUGUUCAACUGGUUCAGAGACAGCAAUAACUUAGAAAACCACCUCUCAUUCCUGUGCGGCUUGAUCUUCACCAUCGGCCUAGCGAUGUCGCUAACGUUCUUCUGGCUGGAAUACGCCCAUCGUACAACCAACAUGUCCUGGCUGCUGACCGUGCCACUGGGAAUCGCCUUCGCCUUCCAUAGCAUCGUGUGGUUGUCCGCAGCUUCAUUCUUCCUAUGGCUGUACCCAAAGGCGUUUUGGACAUGGAAACAACAGACGCUGCUUGACAUAUCCCGGGCUCUCGUCAGUUUAGCGACGAGGUCAGAUAUGGUGGCUGACCAAUUGCCGUAGCAGCAAGAAGCUAGUUGCCAUCGCCGGGAGCACCGUGGUCGAAGAAUACGCAUUUGCUCUUCCGUAUCUUUUAUUACAGGAUAGUAUUACAUCUUAUUGUACAGUGGC